GGUUGAGAAAUUGGAUCGGAGUCACUAUACCGUGACCGGAGAAAUGGAUCGGCUGCGGUGAGGUGACUGUACGGUGCGGUACAGUGUGACGGACAUCGGGACAGCCAGGAUGUCCAACUGUAGCGAGGAGUUGCCGUACACCUCACAACUCUACCCAGAGUUGAGAGGGGAUGCCACUGUCAUUGCACUGGCAGUGAUAGUUGUCCUUCUGCUCGUCCUCACUAUAGCCAACUAUGUGGAGGAGUUAUGGUUCUUCUUCAGGGUCCACCCUCACGGCCCCAACAGAAAAUACGUCAUCUUCAUUCUCACUUUAUUUCCGGUAUUAUCCCUAUGCUGUGUUUUGGCUCUGUUCGUCCCCAGAUCAUCUCUCAUCAUGGAGUUUUUUGCCUCCACAUUACGCGCCAUAGGCAUCUAUGUUUUUCUGAAGAUUCUGGUUGGUUACUUUGGCGACGACGGCAAGCUAUUGGCUGAAAUGGAAUUACCCGUCACGUUCCGAUCCCCGCCAUGCUGCUGUUGCUGUGUUUGCAUGAAAAGCUCUACUUUAAAUAGUCAAAAAUUAAAAAUCUCGAAGAUACUGUGUUUCCAACUUGUGAUAACUCGACCAUGCACGAUGCUCAUUUUAACACUCCUGUGGGUGGAUAACAAGUAUAAACAAACAGACGAAACAGGCCCUUCAAAUCCUGGAACUUGGUUCCAAGUCAUCAACGCGAUAAGCCUUCUACUUGCAAUGUGGGGAGUGAUAUCUUUACUGAGGGCCCUGGAACACAAACUUUCCCGCAAUAGGAUCCGCGCCAAGUUCCUCGCUGUCCAGCUCGCUAUGAUUUUCUCCGUGGCGCAGAACGCAGUUCUAUCCCUGAUGGCCUCUCGUAACGUGAUCGGAUGUGUAUCAACGCGAGGCUCCAUGGUUCAAGCUAACCGUUAUCAUUUGGCAUUGCUGGUUCUGGAGACGUUCUUGCUCUCACUUUUGGCGAGGUACGCCUACAGAUUUCAGGAUCCACCACUACCAUAUGAUGAUCAGGGUAAAGAGAAUGCAGAAUUGGGGACCUCCAACCCCUCAUUCACGGACAAGUGUUCGAACUCUCCCACCAGCUCGUAACUGAUAAAAAUGGCUACUGUUUUAUUUUCAAAACGCUAUGAAAACCAUUUUAACAAGACCUUGGACUUUCAGUAGGAUGAAACUAUCUUUUUCAAAACAAUUUAAAAAUGAUGCUAGUUUCAAGUGAAAUAUGCACAGAAUACGUAGUUUUAGCUUAAAAUCCAGACAAAUCGUGUUUAUUCAAAGUACCGUGACUGUGUGGCUGACAGUGAAAUAGACAGGCCUACGUCACAUUGUUGUUUGACUUAACAACCCAAGCUCUUGUUUCUAUAACCAAUAUCACUUUAUUUGUUUGUAUAGAUUUAAUCAUGGUGCUUGAACUUCAGAUCUACAUGUACGUGCAUUUGAUAUUUAAUAUUUUCAUAUUAGUUCAAAAUCUUUUUCAAAAUGUAUUUUGCCUGGCAAAUACUCUUUGCUUUUUAACAGUGGCAUUACCGGAUAUAUAGUUUUUUUUUAAGUACUUAUACUUGAUGUUAUGAUAUCUUGUUAAACGAAAUUGAAUUCUUGAUUUUUUUUUAUUUGAACAUGUUUUGAAAUAUCUACUCUGUUAUGCAGUUUUUGUUUCUAUUUGUUGAAAAAUAUAGCAAUUAAAACAAAA